AUGAGUUGCAGACCUAGAGACGAGGAAAUUCGCGUUGCUCAUUUAGUUAAAGGUCUCUCGUUGGAUGAAAAUGAAUGGGAGGAACUUGAUAAUCAAUCAAUGGAGAUGGAUAUCGAAUGUAUCAGACAUGAUUCUAAAGAUGAUAAUGUAGAUACUUGGGAACCUGAUCGUUAUGAAAUCAUUCUCGGAAGAAUAAGAAAAGAUUACGAAUAUAAUGAAUUUGUAUCUGAUCUUUUGAUCGAAUGGUACGUUCUUAUUGGUCGAAAAGAAGAAGAAGAAGCCAAGCGUCGUGAAGAAUAUGACUUGUUUUAG